CGGCGCGGCCACCAUGGCCAGUGGCAGCCGGCAGGGCUGCGGGGACGAGGACGAGGAAACUCUGAAGAAGUUGAUCGUCAGGCUGAACAACGUCCAGGAAGGAAAGCAGAUAGACACGCUGGUGCAGAUCCUGGAGGACAUGCUGGUGUUCACGUACUCCGAGCACGCCUCCAAGUUGUUUCAAGGCAAAAAUUUCCACGUGCCUCUGCUGAUCGUCCUGGACUCCUAUCUGAGAGUGGCGAGUGUACAGCAGGUGGGUUGGUCACUUCUGUGCAAAUUAAUAGAGGUCUGUCCAGGUACAAUGCAAAGCUUAAUGGGCCCCCAGGAUAUUGGAAAUGAUUGGGAAGUCCUCGGUGUACACCAACUGAUUCUUAAAAUGCUCACAGCUCAUCAUGCCAAUGUAAACCUGUCAACAGUUGGAUUGAAGGCCUUAGAUCUCCUCCUAACUGCAGGAAAAUUCACGUUACUGAUACUGGAUGAAGAAAGUGAUAUUUUCUUGUUAAUUUUUGAUGCCAUGAACACAUUUUCAAGCAAUGAUGAAGUCCAGAAACUGGGAUGCAAAACUUUACAUGUGCUGUUUGAAAGCGUUUCGGAGGAACAGCUGACUGAAUUUGUUGAGAACAAAGAUUAUACGAUACUGUUGAGAGCAUUACACACUUUUAAAGAUGAAGAGGAAAUUGUGCUGCAUGUCCUGCACUGUUUGCAUUCCCUAGCGAUUCCCUGCAAUAACGUUGAAGUCCUCAUGAGUGGCAAUGUCAGAUGUUAUAAUAUUGUUGUAGAAGCCAUGAAAACAUUCCCUGUCAAUGAAAAAAUUCAAGAAGUGAGUUGUUGCUUGCUCCAUAGGGUUACAUUAGGUAAUUUUUUCAAUAUCCUGGUAUUAAACGAGGUCCAUGUGUUUGUGGUGAAAGCCGUGCAGCAGUACCCAGAGAAUGCACCGCUGCAGACCUCGGCUCUUAGCUGUUUAGCGCUCCUCACCGAGACCAUCUUUUUAAAUCAAGACUUGGAGGAGAGGAAUGAGAAUGUGGAGGAGGAGGAGGAAGACAAACUGUUUUGGCUCGAAGCCUGUUACAGGGCCUUAACAUGGCACAGGAAGAACCAGCGUGUGCAGGAGGCGGCGUGCUGGGCCCUCAAUAACCUCCUUAUGUACCAGAGCAGUUUACACCGGAAGAUUGGAGACGAAGACGGCCAGUUCCCGGCUCACAGGGAAGUGAUGCUGGCCAUGCUCAUGCACGCCUCAUCCAGAGAAGUCCUCCGGGCGGCUGCGGCUGCGCUGUCCACACUCCUGGAACAGAAUGUUAAUUUCAGAAAAAUCCUGUUGUCCAAAGGAAUAUACCUGAAUGUGUUGGAGUUAAUGCAGAGGCAUAUACAUUCUCCUGAAGUGGCUGAAAGUGGCUGUAAAAUGCUGAACCAUCUUUUUGAAGGAAGCAACACUUCCUUGGAUACAAUGGCAGGGUUGGUCCCCAAAAUAAUAACAGUUAUGAAAAGUCAUGAGAAGUCAUUGCCAGUGCAGCUGGAGGCACUUCGAGCUAUUUUACAUUUUAUAAAGCCAGGUAUGCCAGAAGAAUCCAGAGAUGAAUCUCAACGUAAACUGAAUAUGGCUAGGAGACAGUGUUUAAAGAAUGAUAUUCACAAACUGGUCCUAGCAGCUUUGAACAGGUUCAUUGGAAAUCCUGGGAUUCAGAAAUGUGGAUUAAAAGUCAUUUCUUCCAUAGCACAUUUCCCUGAGGCAUUAGAGAUGUUAUGCCUAGAAGGCGCCCUUGAUUCAGUGCUUCACACUCUGCAGAUGUAUCCCGAUGACCAAGAAAUCCAGUGCCUGGGCUUAAGUCUUAUAGGAUGCCUGAUUACGAAGAAGAAUUUACGUGUAGGAGCUGGGCAUCUGGUGGCAAAUGUUCUGGUUUACAGUUUACAGCGAUUUAAAGAUGAUGCUGAAGUGCAGAUUAAAGGGUUUCAGACAGUCCUGGCAAUACUUGAAUUGUCAGUAUCUUUUUCCAAGUUGCUGGUGCACCAUUCAUUUGAUUCAGUAAUAUUCCAUCAGUUGUCUUCCGGUAUCAUGGAACGGAAGGAUCGACAGUUUCUGAGCCUCUGUUGCAAGUGCUUUGCAAAACUAGCUGUGGAUGAUGAGCUAAAAAGUGUGAUGCUGAGGAGAGCGUGUGAUCAGAACAAUAGUAUCAUGGUUGAAUGCUUGCUUCUUCUGGGAGCUGAUGCCAAUCAAGCAAAGGAGACGACACCUUUAAUUUGCCAGGUAUGUGAGAAAGAGAGCAGUCCCAAACUGGUGGAACUGUUGCUCAACAGCGGGUCCCGUGAACAAGAUGUAAGGAAAGCCUUGACCAUCAGCAUCGAGAAGGGCGACAGCCAGAUCAUCAGCUUACUCUUGAGGAGGCUUGCCCUGGACCUUGCCAACAAUAGCAUUUGCCUUGGAGGAUUUUGUAUAGGAAAAAUCGAGCCUUCUUGGCUUGCUCCUUUAUUUCCAGAUAAGACAUCUAAUUUAAGGAAACAAACAAAUAUAGGAUCUAUGCUAGCAAGAAUGGUGCUCAGAUAUCAGAUGAAAAGUGCUGUCGAAGAAGGAGCAGCCUCAGGCAGUGAUGGGAAUUUUCCUGAAGAUGUACUUGAUAAAUUUGAUGAAUGGACCUUCAUCCCAGAUUCUUCUAUGGACAGUGUGUUUGGUCAGAGUGAUGACCUGGAUAGUGAAGGAAGCGAAGGUUCAUUUUUUGUGAAAAAGAAAUCAAAUUCAGUGACUGCAGGAGAAUUUUACCGAGAUCCUGUGUUGCAACGUUGCUCUCCAAACUUGCAGAGACAUUCCAAUUCGUUGGGGCCAAUUAUUGAUCAUGACGAUUUCCUGAGGCGAAGAAGAAAACUAUUGUCUUCAGACGAUUCUCUCAGGUCAUCAAAACUUCAGCCCCAUGUGAGGAAUUCAGACAGCGUUUCUUCGAUGGCUUGUGAGAGAGAAUAUAUUACAUCACUAGACCUUUCUGCCAAUGAACUCAGAGAUAUUGACGCCCUGAGCCAGAAAUGCUGCAUAAGUGGCCAUCUGGAGCAUGUUGAGAAACUGGAGCUCCACCAGAACAUGCUCACAAGCUUCCCGCAGCAGCUCUGCGAAACUCUGAGGUGUUUGACACAUUUGGAUUUACACAGUAAUAAAUUCACAUCGUUUCCCUCUUACUUGUUGAAAAUGAAUUGUAUCUCCAACCUUGACGUGUCUCGAAACGACAUUGGACCCUCCAUAGUUGUAGAUGGCUCGGUGAAGUGCCCCACCCUGAGACAGCUGAACCUGUCCUACAAUCAGCUGUCCUCUGUUCCCGAGGCCCUGCCAGAGGCUGUGGAGAGGUUGGAGCAGCUCAUCUUAGAAGGAAAUAAAAUAUCAGAGAUGUAUUCCCCCUUGAGCCUGAAGGAACUGAAGAUUUUAAACCUUAGUAAAAACCACAUUUCGUCUCUACCAGAGAACUUUUUUGAGGCUUGCCCAAAAGUGGAGAGUUUCAGUGCCAGAAUGAAUUUUCUUGCUACUAUGCCUUUCUUACCAUCUUCCAUAACAAGCCUAAAAUUGUCUCAAAACAAAUUUACAUGUAUUCCAGAUGCAAUUUUAAAUCUACCACACUUACGGUCCUUAGAUAUGAGCAGGAAUGAUAUUGAGUAUCUGCCAGGUCCUGCAAACUGGAAAUCUCUGAACUUAAGAGAGCUCUUAUUUAGCUACAAUCAGAUCAGCAUCUUGGACUUGAGUGAAAAAGCAUACACAUGGUCCAGAGUAGAGAAACUGCAUCUUUCUCAUAAUAAACUGAGAGAGAUUCCUCCUGAGAUUGGCUGUCUUGAAAAUCUGACCUCUCUGGAUGUUAGUUACAACUUGGAACUGAGAUCUUUUCCCAAUGAAAUGGGGAAAUUAAGCAAAAUAUGGGAUCUUCCUUUGGAUGAGUUGCAUCUUAACUUUGAUUUUAAACAUAUAGGAUGUAAAGCCAAAGACAUCAUCAGGUUUCUUCAGCAGCGGUUGAAAAAAGCCGUGCCGUAUAAUCGAAUGAAACUUAUGAUUGUGGGAAAUACUGGGAGUGGUAAAACCACAUUAUUACAGCAAUUAAUGAAAACCAAGAAGUCCGACCUUGGAAUGCAGGGUGCCACCGUGGGCAUAGAUGUGAAAGACUGGCCUAUCCAAAUCAAAGGCAAGAAGAAGAAAGACCUCAUUCUCAAUGUGUGGGAUUUUGCAGGUCGGGAGGAAUUCUACAGUACUCACCCCCACUUUAUGACCCAGAGAGCAUUGUACCUCGCAGUCUACGACCUCAGCAAAGGGCAGGCGGAAGUGGACGCCAUGAAGCCCUGGCUCUUCAACAUAAAGGCGCGUGCUUCCUCCUCCCCCGUGAUUCUUGUUGGCACGCAUUUGGAUGUUUCUGACGAGAAGCAGCACAAAGCCUGCAUAAGCAAAAUCACCAGGGAACUCCUGAACAAGCGAGGGUUUCCUGCGAUUCGAAAUUACCUCUUUGUGAAUGCUACUGAGGAGUCUGACGCUUUGGCAAAACUUCGAAAAACCAUCAUAAACGAGAGUCUUAAUUUCAAGAUCAGAGAUCAGCCUGUUGUGGGGCAGCUAAUUCCAGAUUGCUACGUACAACUUGAGAAAAUCAUUUUAGCAGAGCGCAAAAAUGUGCCAAUUGAAUUUCCUGUAAUUGACCGGAAACGAUUAUUACAACUGGUAAAGGAGAACCAGCUACAAUUAGAUGAAAAUGAGCUUCCUCAUGCUGUUCAUUUCCUAAAUGAGUCAGGCGUUCUUCUUCAUUUUCAAGAUCCUGCAUUGCAGUUAAGUGACUUGUAUUUUGUGGAACCCAAGUGGCUCUGUAAAGUCAUGGCACAGAUUCUGACAGUAAAAGUGGAAGGCUGUCCAAAAUAUCCUAAGGGAAUCAUUUCACGUAGAGAUGUGGAAAAAUUUCUUUCAAAGAAGAGGAGAUUUCCAAAGAACUACAUGACACAAUACUUUAAACUCUUAGAAAAAUUUCAGAUUGCCUUGCCAAUAGGGGAAGAUUAUUUGCUGGUUCCAAGCAGUUUGUCUGACCACAGACCUGUGAUAGAACUUCCCCAUUGUGAGAACUCUGAAAUUAUCAUUCGACUAUAUGAGAUGCCUUAUUUUCCAAUGGGAUUUUGGUCAAGAUUAAUCAAUCGGUUACUUGAAAUUUCACCUUACAUGCUUUCAGGAAGAGAACGAGCACUUCGCCCAAACAGGAUGUACUGGCGACAGGGCAUCUACUUGAAUUGGUCUCCUGAAGCUUAUUGUCUGGUAGGAUCUGAAGUCUUAGACAAUCAACAAGAGAGUUUCUUAAAAAUUACAGUUCCUUCUUGUAGAAAAGGCUGUAUUCUUUUGGGCCAAGUUGUGGACCACAUUGAUUCUCUCAUGGAAGAAUGGUUUCCUGGUUUACUGGAGAUUGAUAUUUGUGGGGAAGGAGAAACUCUGUUGAAGAAAUGGGCCUUAUAUAGUUUUAACGAUGGCGAAGAACAUCAAAGAAUCUUACUGGAUGACCUGAUGAAGAAAGCAGAGGAAGGAGACCUCCUGGUAAACCCAGAUCAGCCGAGACUCACAGUCCCUAUAUCUCAGAUUGCUCCCGACUUGAUUUUGGCUGACCUGCCCAGGAACAUCAUGUUGAAUAAUGACGAGUUGGAAUUUGAGCAAGCCCCGGAAUUCCUUUUAGGUGACGGCAGCUUUGGAUCCGUUUACCGAGCAGCCUACGAAGGAGAGGAAGUAGCUGUGAAGAUUUUUAAUAAACAUACUUCACUGAGGCUGUUGAGACAAGAGCUGGUGGUACUUUGCCACCUUCACCACCCCAGCUUGAUAUCUCUGCUGGCAGCUGGGAUUCGUCCCCGGAUGCUGGUGAUGGAGCUGGCCUCCAAGGGUUCCCUGGAUCGCCUGCUCCAGCAGGACAAAGCCAGCCUCACCCGGACCCUGCAGCACAGGAUUGCGCUCCACGUAGCUGAUGGCUUGAGAUACCUGCAUUCGGCCAUGAUUAUCUACCGAGACCUGAAGCCCCAUAAUGUCCUGCUCUUUACCCUCUAUCCCAAUGCUGCCGUCAUCGCCAAGAUUGCUGACUACGGGAUUGCUCAGUACUGCUGUAGGAUGGGCAUAAAGACGUCAGAGGGCACCCCAGGGUUCCGUGCUCCUGAAGUUGCCAGAGGAAACGUCAUUUAUAACCAACAAGCUGACGUUUAUUCAUUUGGGUUACUACUCUAUGACAUUUUGACAACCGGAGGUAGAAUAGUAGAGGGUUUGAAGUUUCCAAAUGAGUUUGAUGAAUUAGCAAUACAAGGAAAGUUACCUGAUCCAGUUAGAGAAUAUGGUUGUGCCCCAUGGCCUAUGGUGGAGAAGUUAAUUAAAAAGUGUUUGAAAGAAAAUCCUCAAGAAAGACCUACUUCUGCCCAGGUUUUUGACACUUUGAACUCAGCUGAGCUGAUCUGCCUUAUGAGACAUAUUUUGAUACCUGAAAACGUUAUUGCUGAAUGCAUGGUUUCUACGAAUCCUAGCAGCAAGAAUGCACAUAUUUGGCUGGGCUGUGGGCACAACGACAAAGGGCAGCUCUCCUGUCUUGAUUUAAACACCGAAGGACACACUUUGGAGGAGGUGACCGACAGUAGAAUACUGUGCUUAGCCUGGGUGCACCUUCCUGCUGAGCGGGAGAGCUGGAUCGUGUCUGGGACACAGUCUGGGGCUCUCCUGGUCAUCAAUACUGAGGAUAGGACAAAGAGACACACUCUUGAGAAGAUGACGGAUUCUGUUACUUGUUUGUAUUGCAAUUCUUUCUCCAAGCAAAGCAAGCAAAAUUUUCUUUUGGUGGGAACAGCUGAUGGUAACUUAGCGAUUUUUGAAGAUAAAACUGUUAAGUGUAAAGGCGCCAUGCCUCUGAAGACACUACACGUAGGGACCAUCAGCACGCCGCUGAUGUGUCUCAGCGAAUCCAUGAACUCCAGCGAGAGGAGCGUCAUGUGGGGAGGAUGUGGCACGAAGGUUUUCUCGUUUUCUAAUGACCUCACGAUUCAGAAGCUCAUUGAAACGAGGACAAAUCAGCUGUUUUCUUAUGCGGCUUUCAGCGAUUCCAACAUCAUAGCAGUGGCAGUCGAUACGGCUCUCUACGUUGCUAAGAAAAACAGUCCUGUCGUGGAAGUGUGGGACAAGAAAACCGAAAAGCUCUGUGAACUAAUAGACUGUGUGCCCUUAUUGAAGGAAGUAAUGGUAAAAGUCAACCAGGAAUCAAAACACAAAAUGUCCUAUUCCGGGAGAGUGAAAGCUCUGUGCCUUCAGAAGAACACUGCGCUCUGGAUAGGAACUGGAGGAGGCCAUGUUUUACUCCUUGACCUUUCCACCCGUCGAGUCAUACGUGUAAUUUGCAACUUCUGUGAUUCUGUGAGAGUCAUGAUGACAGCACAGAUAGGAAGCCUUAAAAAUGUCAUGCUGGUUUUGGGGUACAACCGGAAAAGUACUGAAGGCGUACAACACCAAAAAGAGAUACAAUCUUGUUUGUCAGUUUGGGACAUCAAUCUUCCACAUGAAGUGCAAAAUUUAGAAAAGCACAUUGAAGUGCGACAAGAAUUAGCUGAAAAAAUGAGAAGAACGUCUGUUGAAUAAGAGGGAUGUCAGAAACUUUUGUUUUUGGUUGGGAAAAUUGUUCCAUGUAAAUAUUUCUUUCAGAAUAUUUACCUUGAAAGGGAAACUUCUAGUUUUUGAAGUAGCUCUUGUAUAUAUGAAGGAAUGUUUAUGUGUUUAUUUUUAAGUUAAAUAUGUGUAAAAUAGUUAUCAAUGAAUGUGUGUUCCAAGAAACUAUUUAAAAUACAAGUGUUACAUUACCUAUAUACCCUAAUUAAUUUGGUGAAUUAAUUUAAGUAAAUCUAUGAAGUACUUAAUUGCAGUACUCACACCAAACUAAUAAAGCAGUCAUUUUUGCUUUUCUGUCCAUACUGAAGAUGAACUUUAUUUUAAAUUCUAUGCUUAAUACAGGGCUGUUGCCUGCUUAUUUUCUGGAAAUUGUGCAGGGAAGAAUUAAAGUAUUUGAAACUGGGCAUGGUCGCACACCACUGUAAUCCCAGCACUCGGGAGACUGAGGCAGAAGGAUCACUGUGAGUUCAAGGCCAGCCUGAACUACAUAUAUAAGACCCUGUCUCAAAAAAAAAAAAAUAUAUAUAUAUAUAUAUAUUUCAGCAGUUCCCCAUGUAAUAUAUUCUUUCUUACAUUGAUUUUAAUAAUAUAGACUUUUAACUUCUCAAGUGAAUUUUUGGUGAUAAUUCAUACUAAUAUAUUUAGGACAUAAAUUCUCUUUUUUGUUAAUGCAAACAGUGUAUGUCACACGACUUCAUCUACAAGAAACACAUUAAAACGGCUGAUGAGAAGAUAAGAAAGCUAUCAUCUUCGUUUCAGAGAAAUAUAUUCUCACUCUCCUUUCCUAUUUUUUAACUAUGUCUUUGAAUGUGGAUAUCCUA